GGAGAAAGCUGCCUGCUGAAGGCAGCUCUUCCACACCAGUCCAAGAAGCAGAGAGCCAGAGACCGGAAAAGCCGAAAAGGACGCCGUCUGCUCUCCCUUCCUCCGCGUCUCCGCUCCACCGCCGGUCCGCCGCCACGCUCUCGCCGGUGGAGGUGCCAGCAGCCGGAGCGGAGAGCCGCCAUGGCCGACGCCCCUAACGAUCCUGCCGCUGGCUACUACAGCGGCCGUCCGCUGAACUACGACGGGCAGCAAGCUGAGGCCACGGCGCCACAGGCACGCCCGCAGCCAGCUGUCGGUGAGCAGGCCAACGCUCUGCCGGUGGCGCCGCAGCCGCAGCCACCGCCAGACGCUGGGGAGCACGCCAACCACACCCAUGCCCAUGGCGUUCCUGGAUACUACAAAGUCCGCGUGAACAGGACGGACACUGCUGCAGUUCCUCCUCCUCCUCCUCCUCCUCCAGCUGCUGUUGCUCAGGCUCCGGCUCCGGCUCCGGCUCCUCCUGCUGCUGGAAUUGAACCGGAAAAGGAACAGAGCUACAUUAAAAAACUUCUGAUGUGCUUCAAGGGCCGCAAAGACAAGAAAUAGGUCAAGAUGAUACAAUACCCGUGAUUGGCAUUCAGGGCAGGACUUAAGAUUGCAGGGUUGUGGUUAUUUUGAUCGAGAGAGAAACAUUGAUAUCUUUCCUUUUUGUAGAGACUUUGUCCCUGCUAUUCAUUUGUACAAAUUGAUCCUGAUGCAGAGUCAAUGAAUCUAUUCAUGUUAUCCAUGAGUUUGUACUCUACUUCAUGAUAUAAAUCAGAGUUUCUAAUUUGCUUUAGCUUA